CCCCUGCUCACUUCUCAACACCCUAAAACCCAUAACCAGUCUCUCUUUCUCUCUCUAGAUUAUUCUAAGUUAACAAUAAUGGCUGCUGCUACAUCUGCACUGUCAGCCAGUUCCAUUGUCAGCACUUCCUUCCUCCGGAGACAAGUUCCGGCGAGCAGCAGCUUGCAGUUGAUUUCCGGUGGAAGCAACAACCAGACUCUGUUCGGCUUGAAGUCAUCGGCUAGCAGAGGAGGUAGGGUUACUGCUAUGGCGACAUACAAGGUGAAGCUGAUAACACCCAGCGGAGAGGUUGAGUUUAACUGCCCGGACGACGUUUACAUAUUGGACCAUGCAGAGGAAGAAGGGAUUGACCUUCCUUACUCGUGCAGGGCGGGGUCGUGUUCUUCGUGUGCGGGUAAAGUGAAAUCUGGUGAAACUGAUCAGAGUGAUGGAAGUUUUCUUGAUGAUGAUCAGAUAAGUGAAGGUUGGGUUUUGACUUGUGUUGCUUAUCCUACUAGUGACCUUGUUAUUGAGACUCACAAGGAGGAAGAACUCACUGCUUAAGAUGAUUUUGAAGAUGAUGAUGAUGAUGAUGAUUCAAUCAAUCUCUUUUCUAUUUAUCUAUUUUGAUGUUAUGAUAUCCAUUGAAGAACUCAAUCUCUUUUUCUAGCUAAUUGUUAUUUGGGAGAUAUAAUAUCAUAUUUAUGUCUUA